CCUCCUCCACCUCCACCUCCUCCUCCUCCUCCUCCCUCUCCUCCUCCUCCCGCUCCACCUCCUCCCCCUCCUCCUCCUCCCCCUCCACCUCCUCCACCUCCACCUCCUCCUCCCCCUCCUCCUCCUCCACCUCCUCCUCCUCCUCCCUCUCCACCUCCUCCUCCACCUUCUCCACCUCCUCCCCCUCCUCCUCCCUCUCCUCCUCCACCUCCUCCACCUCCUCCCCCUCCCCCUCCUCCACCUCCCCCUCCUCCCCCCCCCCCUCCUCCUCCUCCUCCUCCUCCUCCUCCUCCUCCUCCACCUCCUCCCCCUCCUCCCCCUCCCCCUCCUCCUCCUCCACCUCCUCCCCCUCCUCCUCCCCCUCCCCCUCCUCCUCCUCCUCCUCCACCUCCUUCCCCUCCCCCUCCUCCUCCACCUCCUCCCCCUCCUCCUCCACCUCCACCUCCUCCCCCUCCUCCUCCACCUCCUCCCCCUCCCCCUCCUCCACCUCCACCUCCACCUUCUCCACCUCCUCCCCCUCCUCCACCUCCACCUCCUCCCCCUCCUCCUCCCUCUCCUCCUCCCCCUCCUCCUCCUCCACCUCCUCCCCCUCCUCCACCUCCUCCUCCCCCUCCUCCCCCUCCCCCUCCACCUCCUCCCCCUCCUCCUCCUCCUCCCCCCCCCCCUCCUCCUCCUCCUCCUCCUCCUCCUCCACCUCCUCCCCCUCCUCCCCCUCCCCCUCCUCCUCCUCCACCUCCUCCCCCUCCUCCUCCCCCUCCCCCUCCUCCCCCUCCUCCUCCUCCUCCUCCACCUCCUUCCCCUCCCCCUCCUCCUCCACCUCCUCCCCCUCCUCCUCCACCUCCACCUCCUCCCCCUCCUCCUCCACCUCCUCCCCCUCCCCCUCCUCCACCUCCACCUCCUCCCCCUCCUCCUCACCCUCCUCCCCCUCCUCCUCCUCCACCUCCUUCCCCUCCCCCUCCUCCUCCACCUCCUCCCCCUCCUCCUCCUCCUCCUCCCCCUCCUCCUCCUCCUCCUCCUCCUCCUCCCCCUCCCCCUCCUCCCCCUCCUCCUCCUCCUCCUCCACCUCCUCCCCCUCCUCCACCUCCUCCUCCCCCUCCUCCUCCUCCUCCUCCCCCUCCUCCUCCUCCUCCCUCUCCACCUCCUCCCCCUCCCCCUCCUCCCCCUCCUCCACCUCCUCCUCCCCCUCCCCCUCCUCCUCCUCCUCCACCUCCUCCCCCUCCUCCUCCCCCUCCCCCUCCUCCCCCUUCUCCUCCUCCCCCUCCCCCUCCUCCUCCUCCUCCUCCACCUCCUCCCCCUCCUCCUCCACCUCCUUCCCCUCCUCCUCCUCCACCUCCACCUCCUCCCCCUCCUCCUCCACCUCCUCCCCCUCCCCCUCCUCCUCCUCCUCCUCCACCUCCACCUCCUCCCCCUCCUCCUCCCCCUCCUCCUCCACCUCCUCCCCCUCCUCCUCCUCCUCCUCCACCUCCUCCUCCUCCCUCUCCACCUCCUCCCCCUCCC